AUGGAGUUCCUCUCCCGAUUGACUCCUUUCGAGGAGCUGGUCUGGGAGAUGGUUGAGGGGGCCUUGGCUCUUGGGGAGAGGAUCUCACUCCAGGCCUCCAGAGCCACCGGAGACGCUGCUGCUGGCGCGUGCGAGGCUCUCUUCUCCCCUCUCUGCGAGUCUGCCCCUCUCUCGCAGUCUUCUCCCCUCUCCAGCAGCCAGGACGUCGAGGUCCUCGCAAGCAGCGCCCUUUCUCAGGAGCAGCAUACUUGCGAGGCGACCUUGGAGACGCAGGGACCUGAGCACACCCAGGACAUUUCUUCCGGCCUGGUCCCUGAGUCUUCGUUUCUGGCAUUUGGCCUGGCUUGCUGCGCCUCUCAGAGCCCCGCUUCUUCUAGCAGCCAGGAUGGUGAUUUGGCCUUCGCUCGCAGCCCCCCGCUUCUCACGCACACAUCCUCCAGCGGGGAGGCCUAUCUGAUGCAGGGACCUGAACAAACUCAGGAUGGUUCAGACAAGUCGGUUCCUGCCCUGGAGAAAGACGAGCUGCUUUUUCCUCAGUUGCUUGCGAGCGCUGAGCUGCCCACACAGCUGUGCGAGCGGGGCUUGUGUGGCGCCACUGAGGGGGCACUGCCUGCGGGUGGCGAAAGAGUCUCAGAGGAAGAGGAGGGUGCAGGCAGUGGGAGGUCUCAGAGUUUGGUUUUGGCAGAGCCCAGCGGGGGGGCCUGCCACUUUGAGAGGCUGGACAGGGGUCUCCACAUCUUGGACGUCACGCCCGCAGUGUGCCUGGACGACACGUUCAUGAGGCAUGUGGCGCAACUCGCUCCGCUGGAGAACCUUCAUAUACAAGGCUGCGAUGGUCUUACCGAGACGGGGCUGGUUGCGGUUCUGAGGGGUUGUCCAGCCCUGCGUACGCUCAUCUUGGAGCAGUGCGGGGGGCUCUGCGGGAGGGCCUUUGAGGGGAUCCCCUGCAGGCUGGAGGAGCUGGCACUGGAGUUCUGUGGCGGAACGACCAAUGAGGCGCUGUUCUGGGUGGCAGAAGCUUGCCCGGGGCUGGUUACGCUCUCUGUGAAGACAGGAUCGAAGGAUGCUUCUCUUGGUGUCGGCCUUGAGAUGCUGGCCCAGCGGUGCAAGGGGCUGACGAAGCUCGUUCUGCACGCCUGCGGGGUGACAGACGAGACUCUCCUGGCCUUUGCUGUGGGCUGCCCCGGCCUGUCUUCGCUCGAGUUGCACUGCGAGCCCGCCAUCACAGACGGGGGGCUGGCAGCCGUGACGUCAUGCCUCUACCAGCUGCAGCAUUUGGUCCUCUUCAACAACCGCAAGCUUUUCCAGAUUCCACGCAGCGGGCCCGGCCUAAAGUUGAAGACUCUUAGUCUAGGUUGGUUUUGGUACACCCCGGAUUUGCUGCUGCGGCAGGUCACGGAGGAAGAGAGUUUAGAAACGUUGCAGAUCUAUGGGUGCUCCUUUUUGAAGGAUGCCACCGUUGAGAGAGUCCUAGCGAAGUGCAGCCACUUAAAAGUGCUUGGGUUUGCUUUUGAUGAGCUCCUAACUCCGGGAUUAUUGGAAGCUUAUGCUAGAUGCAGUAGGAAGGUCUUCCUCGAGAUCAAAAAAUGCAAGGGCAUUGAUGCAGGUGGUCUAUCUGAGCAGUUGCGGAAUUUGUCUAACGUUGAGGUUGAUAAGGACACAAACUGAUGGCAGCUAAUUUAUAUGUUAACCAUAUAUUGUAGGACAGACCUGGCUCGCAUAGUUCUAGUUUGUACAUAGACGAUGUAGUCUAGAUUUGAAAGCACGCGGGCUCCAUAAUUAAGUUUGUGUUGAACAUUCUCUAUUCUUAAGUGGGU